AUGUCCACCUCUUCGGGGGCCCCGGAGUCUUGGAUAUCUUCCUUCUGCUCUCUCCUCGGCCAUGAGUACUUUGCUGAGGUUUCCGAGGAGUUCAUCGAGGACGACUUCAAUCUCACUGGCCUGCAGAACCAGGUCGCGAUGUACAAGGAGGCACUCGAGAUGAUCCUUGAUGUGGAGCCUGAGGAGGAUGAGGAUGAAGAGGAGGACGAAGACGAGGACGAAGACGAGAACGAUUCGGGAGAUCAGGAUCGACUUGGCCCCAGACACGACCGAAGACAGCAUAGCCGCAUGGCCAGCGACCUCAGCGUCAUCGAGUCAUCGUCCGAGAUGCUUUACGGCUUGAUCCACCAGCGAUUCAUCUGCUCAAGGGCAGGUAUCCAACAGAUGAGCGAGAAGUACGAAUUAGGCCAUUUCGGCUGCUGCCCUCGCACCAACUGCGACCAAGCGAGAACACUCCCAGUCGGUCUCUCUGAUAUCCCCGGCGAAGACACCGUGAAAUUGUUCUGCCCCUCCUGCCUCGACGUCUACGUUCCUCCCAACAGCCGUUUCCAAACGGUCGACGGUGCCUUCUUUGGCCGUACCUUCGGUGCCCUCUUUCUCCUCACAUUCCCAGAAUACGAUCUCACCAAGCGUGGGGCGGAGGUCCUCAGCAGUGGCGGCGCACGCAUCAACGAUGAAUCUCUCGAAAUGACCAACGGCAUGUAUGCCAAGAACAUUGCACCUGGCUUGGGUGCCGGACGCAUAUAUGAGCCCCGUAUUUACGGUUUCCGCGUUUCGGAGAUUGCUAAGUCGGGCCCUAGAAUGCAGUGGUUGAGGGACAGGCCGGAGAGCAUGACUGAGCUGGACGAGGCGCGACUGUAUGCGGACGAGCACCCCGAUUCGGACGAGGAUGAUGAGAACAUGAACGGUAAUAGACGGCCUACACCCCGUCGCCGUGCCCCGCCGGGUAACUCGCGCCUCCGUGCAACGCAACGACAGGCGCAGAACGGCAGCCCCAUGGCCGUUGAGACGAACGGUGCGGAGUCGGAGCUCUAA